GUUAGUUAAAAGUUGGCUACAUUUUUUAAGAAGACCUAACAACAGAAACUACGAAGAAAAAAUACUUAUCAAUAGGCAUAUCUAUCAAAGAUGGUGACACCAAAUUUAACCCUCUUGCUACGCAGAAGUUUAGCCGCAAUCAACUAUCGUUACUUGUCGAAUAAGAUGCCAGGACAAUUGGAUGAAAUUCAAGCAAAACGCGCAACAUUUGGAAUGGGAUGUUUCUGGGCGGGUGAUUGUCUUUUUGGCGUCUUACCCGGUGUAAUCAGGACCUGCGUUGGGUAUGCUGGUGGACAAAAAGAAUCACCAACAUAUAGAAGCAUUGGCGACCAUACAGAAGUCGUCGAUAUCGAGUAUAAUCCAGAUGUAAUAUCUUAUUCACAAUUACUUGCCUUGUUUUGGCAAAAUCAUGAAUAUGGCCUUACUACUAAAAUUAAGAGACAGUACAUGUCACUGAUUUUAUAUCAUGAUGAAGAACAAAAGUUGCUAGCUGAAAAGUCACGUGAACAAGAGCAGCAUAAGCGUACAGGCUCGAUACUCACUGAGAUUAGAAAAUUCGAAAAGUUUUAUCCAGCAGAAAAUUAUCAUCAAAAGUAUCGACUUCGAAAUCAUCCAUGGUUAAUUGAAACUACCGGUCUCACCAACGAUGAAGUUCUCCGAAAUUCACCUGUAGCUGCGAAAUUAAAUGGUUAUAUCGCUGGUGCUGGAACAAUCGAACAGUUUAAGAAUGAGUUACCUAACCUUGGUUUAAACGAAAAAGCUGUACAGUAUUUACAAAAAUAUGUGAUCGAGAAUCAAGGAAACGGUUUAUAUUGCUAGCUUAUGAAUAUUUUAGAAUUCUUCGUAUGUAGUAUAUACUAAACAUGAUUUAUUUUUUCAUACGAAGAAGAUUUAAAAUCUGACGAAAGGCUUGUUUAUGAAGUUCAAAUUUCCUAUGAACCUGGAUUAAUCGCUCGCCAAUAGCGAAAAUAACGCGAUUAAAUUUUUAGCUCGAUUUUAGGAACUAGUUUACACGCGACAAAUAUUUUUUGUUAGUAUUAAAUCUUCAUGUUUUCUAUAAUUUUUAUUAUAGCGUGUAAGUUUUAUUAACAGAAUAUUCAUUAUAUUUUACUUCGUACAUAAUGACACAUGACACGUUUGUUUAUUUG